AUGCCUCGCCGCACCUCAGCCCGCAACGCUACCGCGAACUCCGUCGCGUCUGCCCCUGGACCGCUGUCGUCUGCACUCGAAGACCAGUCUUUGGAUCCCAUCCAAGCCAACCUGAAACUUCUGAGACGGCAGUGGAAAUGGGCUGCGUUUCACCAGUUUUUCUACACCUUUGAGACGCUCGUGGCACUACCCGAUAUCUCCAUCGCCGAUAUCGAGGACGACUUGACGCGUUCCACGGCUCUCGUGCUUCCUCGGAUCAUCAUCAGGCUCAUUCAUACUAUCAGCCACGACAAGAAGACUAAUAUAGACAACUGGCAAACAAGCCUACGCAGGCAAUAUGCACGGCGCAACCCCGAAUUGAAUCCGCUCGCUCCCGAACCCGAGUCCGUACCACUGUCAUCAUCACCUAGAGAAGAACAAGACGAUCCAGACGGCGAACUGGAAGAGCCGCCUUCUCAGCAGGAUUCCAUAGCCACCGGAGUUGUCGAACGCCUUUCGUCUGCCCCCGUGUCCACUGAGCCGUCGACCCCCAAGCCCGAGGCUCAACCUUCGUCAGCUGAACAAGCGCAAAAGGAUCCGCGCCCUACGGACUGGCUUCAACUCCCCAUGCUACAGAAACUUGACAGCCUCCACCUCCUCACUGAAUGGCAAUUUCACAAUGAGAAACGACUGAAACAGAUCAUGAAAGAUGACGGGGACGAUGCUUCUUGGCGUAUUGAACCUAUAGGUUACGAUGCGAAGAGCAAUGCAUAUUGGUUGAUUGGCGCCGAUCGUCUCUGGAUACAACGGUCCCCUCCUCGUCCAACAAACUUGAAACGCAAACGCGCCGCAGCGAGACAGCCCAGUCGCAAAGCGGCUCGUACUGAUUCUACCGUUGCACGUUCUUCACCCGCUAUGAACGAAAGGCGCAAGGUUGUUAGCCUCAAGGCUGCUAGUCCCGCACCAGCUAAGAAUACCCGUCGUGACGCUGGCGUUUCACCGGCCACUGCGAACACGGGGCGUGGGGCACGCGCGGCAAAGCUCCAGGCUAACAUCAAGCUUGAUGAACAAGCGAAGGCUCUAGAAGCCUUUAGACGAGAAGCAGAGAACGGCCUCCCCGGGCGAGCGCGUGCUACGCGACAGCCAACCGUGCUGCAGACUCCCUCCAAGCCGCCACUCUCUGGAACACCCCGAGGAACUCGCGCUAGCGCACGGCUGCGUGGCACUGUGGUCAGCGACGAAGAUGAAUGGCAACCGAUCCCUCAGGAGUGGCUGAAGGAUGGUAACACAGAUGAAGUGGAGGGUGGGAUGUCGGAGAUGGAAGGGGGUACAAGGGCUGGGAGUGGCGACGAGGACAUUCUUAGUGAACUCAGUGACCUGACGGAACUUACGGAAGAAAAGGAGGAAUUAGAAGGAGAGAAGACCUUGUCAAAAAAUUCGCGACCUCAGACAGGAAAGCCGCCUCGCUCGAAGACUAUAGGCGAGGAUGUAGUCAUCGCGCAUCAGGAGAAUGAGCUCGCUACAUCCCGCGAAACCGACGAUCCGAGUUACGUUGAAAAUGAUCCAAUGCCACCAUCCUUGCCUGCUGAUUUUGUUGAAUGGGAAAUGAUAUGCGGAACACUAGAGGAAUGGGAGCACAUCGCCGAUCGAUUUGCGAAUGCUACCCAUUAUCUCGAGAAGGCUCUUUAUAAGACGCUCAGUCAGCAGGUUGUCCCUAUCAUCGUUGAAGAGCUGAGGGAAAUCGAGCGAAAGCGCCGUCUGGAAGAGGCCGUCGUGCAUAGGAAACGAUCAUCCCGUAUAGCUGAAAAGGAAAGUGUAAGAGAAGCCGAGGCUUUGGCGGCCAAACAAAAGGCAGAAGAAGAAGCUGCGCUCACCCGUGCUCAGCGUUUGGAGGCUCGACGCAAGAAAGAGGAGGAAGAUAGAGAAAGGAGGGAGAAAACCAGAGAGCAAAGGAGAUUGGAACGGGAACUCCGAGAAAACGGCCAGAAUAAGCAAUCUGAUGCGGGCGCGAUCAUCGACGUGGAUACCAUGGAUAGCGACCUCAAGGGAAAGCCGAGGCAUAAGUCCGCAGCAUCGACACCGGCAAGUGGCACUCAGACACCACGCGGAGAAUGGGAGCUGUACUGCGAGAUUUGCUACAGGCAGGGGCGCAAUGUGGAUGACGGAGUGCCUGUUGUGGCUUGUUCUUCAUGCUCGCGGUGGCAACACAUUCCGUGCCAUGACAGGGCCGACCGCAUUGCUGGCAAGCAGAAGCGCAAUUGGGAAAAGGACACCUUCAUUUGCCAGCGCUGCAGCUUCGAUGUAGCCAAUACACAUCGGCCCAAGGCUCCCAUAUCAACCAGUCAUAUCACUCGUCCGGGUACCAACCUACCACGCUCAGCGAGCUCCAAUGGAGUGUACUUGCACCAUAAUCCCGUCAUGCAAGGGUCGACCGCACCAAGAUCGUCAUCUGCGCAAGCCGCUCUCGUUCCCCCUCUUCCGUCAGCAUCCAUGCAAAUGAUGACGGGCUAUAUGCACCCGCCGGUGCCGGCAGGAUCGUCUAUGCCACAGCCCCCGCUGUCGUUCGCCCAUUAUCAACCGCCUCAAAAGGACUUCGUCACUGGUACGCAACCAUACCCACAACCGCAGAUACACAGACCAGCUUGGACCCCGGGGAAUGGACAAUAUGCUGUAUAUCACAAUGGUGCGGGUCAUCCAAGCCAAAAUCAUAGCCAGCCUAUUCCCGGACCGAGCAACCGUCCGCAACAACUGCCAUACCAUACACCAGGCUUGUCACACACUACACCCUCCGUUCUUCCGCACCGCGGUCCAAGUGGGGUGCCGUGGGCCGCUCACUCGGUCCAAAACGGUGCCUCCGCGUGGGGCGCGACCUCUGGUAUGGCACUCGCCGUGAAUGAUGGCACUUUCCAUAAUGGAGGUCAUCCAUCGCGUAACGGUUCUGCCACUCAAUACAACCACUUAUCGGCAAGCAGCGUAGGCGCUGCCACUGGUCAAUACGGCGGACCAGGCCAUGGCGUCGUAACCCCUACCCCUACCAAAGGGCUCAGCACCAAUCCUCAACCUAAUGGCCUCGCGCAAGUUGGUGCGACCAAGCUUCCGCCCCCGACAACAUCGCAAAUCGAUUCCGUGCAGUCCGAGCGAUACUUCGGACCAAUACCGUACCAACACCAUGGGAACUCCGCAAGAUCCUGA